GGGGGAAGGCGAUAGCGGGGGAGAAGGGGGCGAAGGGGGAGGUUGGAGAGAGGGGGCCGAAAGGCGACCGAGGACCGGAAGGUGAAGCAGGCCCCUCGGGCAGUCCCGGCCCCAUGGGCCCCGCGGGACCGAAGGGGGACGCAGGCGUCGAUGGGGCCGUGGGGCCAGUGGGGGCACCCGGCUCGAAGGGCGAGCGGGGGGAACGAGGCCCUCCUGGGGUCGCAGUCACCGUGCCCGAUGGCAAGGAACAUGACGUCGUCGCUGUCAAGGGUGAGAAAGGUGAGAUGGGUAAGAGAGGAAGAAGAGGUAAACCCGGUCCGGUUGGACCAGCUGGACCACCAGGUACUUUGGGCGAGAUUGGUCUACCUGGUUGGAUGGGUCGACCAGGAAUACCAGGAGUUCCAGGUGCAAAAGGAGAAAAAGGAGAUAUAACAGGGACGAAAGGCGAGAAGGGAGACGCGGGCGAGAAGGGCGACCGCGGCGCAGACGGCCGCCCCGGCAGAGACGGCAACCCUGGCCCGCCCGGCCCGCCCCCUCUCGAGGACGCAGUGCGCUACGUGCCGGUGCAGGGGCUGCCCGGCCCGCCCGGCCCGCCUGGUACCCCGGGGCUGUCCAUCACGGGGCCCAAGGGGGAGCCGGGCGCGCCCUCCUACGGCGAGCCGGUGCACUACAGUCGGCCAGGAAGGGCAACAGCCAGUCCGCCUUUAGCGAACGUGCCAUAUUCAGACCAAGCUUCGACCCAUAUCGUCCCAGGAGCAAUAAUAGUCCACAAAAGAGAAGCCGUUGCCAGAAUUACGUCAGCCAGUCCUGUUGGAACUAUAGCAUAUAUUGUGGAGGAAGAAGCUCUUCUAGUCAGAGUCAAUAAUGGAUGGCAAUAUAUUGCAUUAGGUGCAUUUCUGCCAGUCUCCACAUCAGCACCACCUACAACAACUAGUCGUCCCUUAUUCAGACCACCUCUGGAAGCUAGCAAUUUGAUCAGUCACGUUGCAAAGACCACAUCAGAUGCUUCUUAUAUCCGCCUGGCCGCCCUGAACGAGCCACGUACGGGCCAAGUGCACGGCGUACGUGGCGCCGACUACGCCUGCUACCGCGAAGGGCGGCGUGCCGGCCUCAAGGGCACCUUCAGGGCGCUGCUGUCGUCGAGGACGCAGGACGUCAGCUCGAUCGUCAGGCAGGCCGACCGACGGCUGCCGGUGGCCAAUCUCAAGGGCGAGGUCAUCUUCAGCUCCUGGUCGGAGAUGUUCUCGGGAAGCGGCGCCCCGUUCCCCCACCCCCCGCCCGCCAUCUACUCCUUCGACGGCAAGCACGUCCUCCUGGACGUCGCGACGUUCCCCACCCCCGCCGUCUGGCACGGCGCCCUGCCGACGGGGGAGCGCGCCCCUCUCACCGCCACCUGCGAGGGGUGGCACUCGGGGGCGGGCGACAGGGUGGGGCUGGCGGGGGAGCUGGAGGGGCAGUUGUUGGGGCAGACGAGGAGGGGGUGCGACGAGAGGCUGGUGGUGCUGUGUGUGGAGGCGACGACGGAGGUGUUGGUGCAGAGGAGGCGGAGGAGGAGGAGGGAGGCGGAGGAUUAUCGUUAUUACGGAGGAGAAGGUGCACUGAGUGAAGAAGAAUACUCCAGCCUGCUCAGUUCUAUUGAAUGAAGUAUUUUUACUCUAUAUUAGAGAGUUCAUUGUUCCAUCCAUAGUCAUUAUCUACUCAUUACUUGUCAUAGACAUAGUCUUUAGUUAUUAAUAGACAAAGUCUGAGUCAUCGUACCAUUCUCAAAGCCUGGAUUAUUCGAUUAUUGACAUUCUUGUUGAAUUCAAUCACUUGUCUAAUAGUUCACUGCCCUAUUGGGAAAAAAAGGAGGAGGAGGAGUAUCUCGAGUAUCUGCGGAGCUAUUUCAACUUACCAAAUAAAUGAUUGUAUAUAUACAUGUCAUUCUGUUAUUAAGUUUUGUACUUUUUUAUCGAAUAGAUUAUUAUUACUCGGAUAGAAACUAUAUUGAUAUUAUGUUGUUACUCUUAUUGUGAUUAUUUGAUUUAGAUCUUAAAUUCGUUGACGCGCUGAAAAUGUUUUAGAUAUAAGUAGGUACCUAAACCUAUAUAAGUGUAUAAAUUGAUCGAAAUGUAUGUUAUAUUAUCGUCGAAAAUAAAGUGA